AUGGAGCAUGCCUCCACCGAAGAGCAGUUGUAUGCGCCUUCUGUCGCUGAAUCCAAUUCGACAGUUGCAUCCAGUUACACCGGAAAGGAGCUCCACGUUGCAGUCCUCCCUCGCCCAACAGCCGAAGAUGGGACUGAACUUGAAGAUUUCGAAUGUCCCUAUUGUAUGCUCAUGAAAACCAUUCGGACAAAACAUCAAUGGAAGAAACAUGUCAUGGAGGAUAUCCAACCAUAUGUCUGCACAUUCUCUGGCUGCGACAUGUCAGAACAACUAUUCGAAAAUCGAGAACAAUGGUUUCGGCACGAGUUGUCGGCCCACCGAGCUACAUGGUACUGUAAUGAGGAUGGCCAUCCAGAAUUCGAGGCACAGAUCGACUUUAUCAAACAUAUGUCCGACUACCAUGACACACGCCUGACGGAGCAGAAGCUACAAUUGUCUAAAGACAUGUUUCAGCGACCCUUAAAGUCCGUCGGUGGAAAGUGCAACCUUUGUCAAAUGUUCUCCAGCAGGCUUAAAAGCCACGUCAGCCGCCACCUAGAGCAGGUGGCUCUCUUUGCACUGCCGAGGAAUAACGAGAUAGAAGGUAGCGGCAAGGCCGAACUUGAUGGGUGCAGUUCCCGGCUUGGGGGCUCAAGGGGGAGUGGAUCUCAGUCUUCUUCUGAAGAUUCUGAUGAUAAACUUGCCCCGAGCCAAAACGCAGCAGGUGAAGAGAGUUUAGCCACUGAGGGCCCUGAGCCCAGUCCACAAACAUAUUCUGUCGUAGAAGAAGAGGAGGAACAAGUUGGCGUUCCUGAGUUGGCGAUGGGAGUUGACUGGGACCAGUUAGGGAUGACCAAACAUUUACAAGCUGAGGAGAAACAGUCCCUUCAAAGCUUACCUCAACCUACUCACGAAGCUCCCUCAAACAAAUACAGCCCAGCCCGCCCGGGGACUGUCGGCUUCUGUGCUUUAGAUAUCAAAGCCAGAUCGAGGCAAAGUCGCCAGCUCUUGACACGCCAGCUCUCCCCGGGCGAGCUUGAAGUCGUCGUCUUUGGCGACAAGGUCAUCCUCGACGACGAUGUCGAGGAUUGGCCGCUGUGCGACUUCUUUCUUGCAUGGUACUCGGAUGGCUUCCCCCUUGAGAAGGCAAUCGCAUACACGCGACUCCGGAAACCAUUUGUGGUGAAUGAUCUCUGGAUGCAAAGCGCACUAUGGGAUCGCCGGCUCUGCUUGAGGAUAUUGGAUAAACUCCAGGUGCUCACACCAAAACGCCUCGAGAUCAAUCGCGACGGAGGGCCCAUUUUUGCAUCUACGCAGCAAGCUCAAUAUGUGCAGCGGAUGACAGGAGUCAUGCUACCUGGCCCAGAAGACAACGACGACGGUUUUGCGUCAGCCCAGUCUGUUUCCAUAUCCGAAAAUGGCGACACUCUUUAUGCAAAUGGGAAGUCUAUCUCCAAGCCAUUUGUUGAAAAGCCGGUAAACGGAGCAGAUCACAAUAUCGUCGUCUACUUCUCAACUUCUCAAGGCGGGGGUGCUCGACGACUGUUACACAAGCCUUCCAAUAAAUCCUCCGAGUUCGAUCCCCAUUGCACAAUCCCAAGGUGUAUUACAGAGAAGACAUCGAGUUAUAUCUAUGAAGAGUUCCUGCAAGCAGACAAUGCUGAGGACGUUAAAGUCUACACGGUCGGACCGCACUAUUACCAUGCAGAAACGCGAAAAUCUCCCGUCGUGGAUGGCAUCGUACGUCUUAACACAUAUCGAAGAGAAAUUAGGUAUGUCAGGACGCUUAGUUUGGCUGAGCGCGACAUCGCCGCCACCAUCGCCAAAGGUUUCGGGCAAUGUGUCUGUAGUUUUGGCAUGCUUCGGGCCGGGAAUCGCAGCUUCGUUAUCAAUGUCAAGGGUUUCAAGUUUGCCAAAGACAAUGACACUUACUUUGAUGAAUGUGCCAAAAACCUCCGAUCGAUGUUUCUCAAUCAUUUGGGACCAACUAAUGUGCACGUCGGACCAGAAAUCAGAUCCGACAUGCCGGCUCAAGAAGCAGCCAGCUCGUGGAGACUCAAAGGUGUAUCUAUGGCCAUUCGGAAUGGAGACCACACGCCAAGACAAUCUAUCUUAUUUCUGUCCUCAUCUGAAUUCCUUGUCGGAAAGGCAACGGAUGACGGGAUGAUCUCACUUGAAAAUGAUGAAGUCGUGGCAACCGUCAUUCACGCCACGCGAGAAACUCUAGCUCGUCAAUACGGCAUCAUGCAUGCUGAUUCUGUCGAGUAUAUACUACGCACUUCGAGACGUGCUCAAGUCAAGAUGAUUGAACAACACCCGUCUCUGGACCUACUGGUUGAGUUAGGCUUCCAGGACCCAGGGAUCGUCUUCCAAGUCCCUCUGCAGUCGUUGUUUGAGCUGAGCUGGGGUGAAGAAGCACUUCACUCUUUGAGGUAUCAAAGCCAAGAUCUUGGGACGAGCAUGCGGAAAGACUAUAUCUUGCUUAACAAAGCAACACUGGAAGACGUCAGGGUUUUCUGUGGGCGAGAUAAAGCCUCUACUGUCAGCGCCCAGAUUUGGACGGAUGCUUUCCUCGGUCACAGUAGUCUACCAGAGAACUUCAUCACCGUUCGCACAGAUCUGCUUAGCAAUAUCAGUUCUUUCGCCAGAGACGAGUUGGUGCAAGCAGAAAAGAAGCUCCAAGACCUUCAAGAGUUCAAAAACCUGCUGUCACGAACGAUUACUUGUGUACAAGAGCAUCAACGUGUCAUCGACUAUAACUCCGCAAAAUUAGAUGGCCAAUCUGACGGUGCAAGAGCAAUCCAACGUAGGUGGUGUGCGGGAGAAGAUUGGCAACUGUUCAGAUUAAGAUGGGAAUUGCUCUUCCACAAAUUCUUUUGGAAUCAUGGUAGCUGUUCCCGGAUUUCGAAUCUGUAUAUCAACAUGAAGCACGAUGCCUUUCACAACUUGCCUAUCUCCAGCUGGAUUGCUACAACACCAGUCCGUACCGACUCUACAGAAAUGUCAACCACGGACAAUUCUGGUGAAGGCGAAACAGGACCUAGGCCCCAAAGCCGAUUUCAUAUUCUGGAAUCACCUUCCGAGAAUGACUUCACGUCACCCUCUCGUGCAAUCUCUUCGUCGCUCCAGAAAACCUACACUGCUGUAAAAGCCUUGACGGAUUAUGUGAAGGCACGCCAAUACGGUAUCACUGACGACGAGAAACCCAGGAUCGGCCUUCUAAUAUCCCUUCCUUUGCUUCGAGAAGUAGUGGACGACUUUGAGGAGCUCCAGGCAUCGGGCGAGGCAAAAGCAUUUAUUUACUUCACAGACGAAUCGCAUAUGCGGGGGUUGUUCGAUUCCAUUGUGCUAGGUUUGCCACAAACGAGGAUCAAGACGAUGCCGGAAUUCGACAACUUAUCUCAGAUGUGCUUUGAGCUCUGGGAAUCGGCGACAGAAACAGAGGAUGGUCCAGAAUACAAGUACUCUAUCCAAGUCUCGGUCAGUCCGGGCUGCCACGUCGAUGAUCCAUUUUCGAUCGAAAUGGACAGCAAGCAUUUCAUACCGUCGCAGCAUCGCGUGCCCAUUGCCAGUCACUUGGACUGGAAAGAGUUCAUGACUACCUUGAAACAGAAAUAUAACACGGUCCAAUUGCCCAAAGAGUUCUUGCCCGUAAAUGUGUCAGAGGAACACAAAAAUGCGACCGAGGAUCGGGCUAGGUUGCUGCUGAGCACGGAAGAUCAGCAUACAUCUUGA